AAGCCAAAACUGAAGAAGCUGGUGGAUAUGGAUCACUCGGAUUUCAAUGAAUUUACAGGAAAGAGAGAUGAUUCGCAAAUAUUCAAAACCGAUGUAGAAAAGGAAAUGGCCAAAUCGGAAAUGGUUCCUAAUUUAGAACAAUUGAAAGAACUGCCAAGCGUUAGUGAGAAAAAACAAAGGAUAUUGAAUAGGAUUGAACGCUCAAAGACCAAAGGAAAGAAUUGGUUUAACAUGCCAGCCACAGAGAUGACCGAAGAAAUUCAAAACGAUUUGAAAAUAUUGCAAAUGCGUUCUGUAUUGGAUCCGAAACAUUUCUAUAAAAAGAAUGAUUUGAAAGUUCUGCCGAAAUAUUUUCAGAUUGGUACUGUCCAACAUUCAGCUUUAGAUUAUUAUAGUGAACGGGAUGUUCGCAAGAAUAAGAAACAUACAUUGGUGGAUGAGCUACUGGCCGAUACGGAGGCCCAGAAAUAUAUUAAACGUAAAAAUAAGGAAAUCAUGAUGAUGAAACAAAAAUAUGCUCAACGUAAGGCGAUGAAGAAAAUGAAAAAACUAAAGAAAAAUAAAUAAUUUUUACAACAUUUUGAGAAUA